AUGACCUUUCUUGAUGCAACACUACUCAUGCGGUUACUGAAUACCCUCUUUAGUCAUCCUAUGGGUAGCGUCGCUUCAAGAAGAUAUCAGGCAGCAGAUUCAGACACUUAUCAGCGUGCUAAAGUUUUGCACUCUAUGCAUCCUGUCGUGCGUCAGAUCAGUGGGAAGUCGCAAAAUAAUAGGGUCUGGUCGAUUGACACCUUCCGCAAAUUCUGUGCUCCACAGUAUCCUCACCCGAGGGAUGGUAACACUGACGUCAUGGUUUUUGCGCAACGCCCACUCUGGCUUUUUCUGUAUGCGGAAGCUCCCUUGUUCAUGUACGAGUACAAUCCAGGAAGUUCCGUAACUUCAUCUAUCCUUCGCUUCUGGCCCGUAGUUUGGCAUACGCCGAGUGAGGUUAAAAUUGUCUUUCGCUGUGCAGAACUGUCACGUGACCACAACUGCCUUCAUCACCGGAUUGGAAUGGGUAGGCGCAGUCCCCGGGAUUCUGUCAACCUUAUGUUCCACUUGAAAGCAAAUUGCACGAAAUUGGCGAAUCUACACUCAUUUGCAAACUAA